CAGGGAGAUUUUCGUGUCAUUUUCUCCCGUUGCAUAUCAAAAUCUUUGUGGGUACCCCCUCUUUCGCUUGAGUUUUUAAUCAAAGUCGGUGAAGAUAAGUAUCUUCGUGCCGAGUGACUGAUACCUUUCCGGUACUACUUACGCACUUGCGCCCUACCUCUAUGUGGACGCUGAUCUUUACAAACGGCGCUAGGACGGAUUUCUUGAACGAGUAGGAGGUUAGGAGGUAUCUACCGAUACCGAAUUUCGCAUUGUACAAUAUCAGUAUCCACCGCCCAGUACUCCACGAAAAACAUCAAGAUGGCACAUGCACGUCUCAAGCUACCACGAUAAAAGUCUUCGAACCUCUUGUCUUUUCUAAACCCAGCUACCUGUAGCUGUAGCGCCGUACUAUCGAACCGGGGGAAGUAGAAAUAGUUCGCAACAGAACCACGACCACGACCUGCAAAUAUUAAAGCCAUCAUCUCCAACCUGCUCGUAGCCUCCACCACCGACGAGGAAAAACAAAAAUCAAAAUGGUUCUCGGUGACAAGGUUAAAAUCCCAGAGCGUUUGUCGCGCCGCGGCCGGGACAUCGUUUACUGCCGGUUGGUGCUCGCGCGGUUGAAUGGAGACUUGCUGAAGUUCGACUUGCGGCGUGAGCGGGACGUGCGGGUGAAGGAGGUGAAAAGGCUGAUCGCGGAUUUUUACAAUGUCGAUGACCCCGAGGACGUGGUGCUCUACGACAUCCAGGGCGGGUGGCAGGACCCGGACCCGGAGAUUACCCACGAGAUGCAGUUCCGCAACAGGGAAAACAUGGGGCUGCUCGGCCUGACCGGCGUGAUGAAGCAGAAGAAGCAGGCGAAAUUGAUGGCGCAGAAGAAGGAUUUAUUGAAGAAGCUCCGGGUGGAUUUGAAAAAGCGACACGACGCGGAGAAGAAAAAGCAUUUGAAAAAUGUCGGGGAUGAGAAUGAAGAGGAGCAAUCCGAAUCAGUUGCGCUGAAGGAGGAGGAGGAGGGGAAGAAGGACGACGAUGGUGAAAAUCACAGCGAUCAAGAGGACAGUACCAAGAAAGAGGAAGAACAGCUUCCCAAAAUGCUGGGCAUGAUCAACCUGGAGUUGAUUCGCAGUCUGAUCGCGAAGGGCCAUCCCGACGACCCGAAGAAAAAAGUAGUUUCUGACCACGAAGACGCGAUGAAAACCACUUUGUCUUCCAUCGACGGCGCGCCCAGUUCCGUUACUGGGGGCGAGGGAACUAACGUCAAGAGUCGGGCCAGCAGCGAAGCCGGCGGGUCCAAGUCCGCGAAGUCCGACAAGGCGGGGUCAACGACCGGUUCGGACAAAAAGAAAAAGGAGGACCCGAAGAAGAAGCGGCGGGCAUCCGCGCCAGAGCCAGAUUCAAAGAAGAAGAAACCAAGUACGCCGGAGAAGGGGGAUAGAAAAAAUAAACCGGGGACGCCGGACAAGAAAUCGAAAGACCACAGCGAGCAGGGAAGUGCAGCUUCUGCAACGAAAGAAGAACCAGUACCGGAACAACCGCCACAGGAUGUCGAACCCCAGCAACCGGUAGAGGUGAUUGAGAUUCCACCGGUUGUACCUCUACCUGAGGAGGCCGUUAUCGCAACGCAGGAUACCAUGUCGCAGCAGACGGUGCAGGUGCUGGAGGACGGCACCACGCAGAUCAUCGAGACGGCGGUGCGCGUGACGACCAUACAGCCGGCUAGUAGUACGCCACCAGCAGUUGAACAGGAGCUCCAGAUCGAGGAGAUCGAAGAUGCAACUGCCAGUGCGAAGAAUACAGUCGUUGUACCGGCUGUUGCAGAGGACCAAGAUACCGAUCCGGUCCAAUUAGACGAAGUGAACGCCACGAUCGUUCCGGUGGAGGAACCAGUCCCGCAGCCGCGCGGGGACAAGAUCCCGGACGAGGAAAUAAAAAAGGAAGAACAAGAUGCAAAAAAUGCGGAGAUGCAAAAGAUGCUGGAAUCCGAGAAGCAGGCGCUACUUGCAAAAGGCGCGAAGCCACGUGACUCGGUGAAUAAAAUCGAGGAGGACGCGGAAAAAGCCCCGCAGAAGAAGUACAUGAAAGAAGCCGCUGUGGCGCAGAGGAAGCGGCGCGAGGCGUGGGAGGCGGAGCAGGCACGGAAAAGAGCGGAGCUCCAGCGGCUGCUCGCGGAGGAGCGGGCGUUAAGGGAAAAGAUCCAGAAUGAUAGAAAACAGCGGAAAAAGAAGUCCGAGAUGAGCAAAAGCACCAAAGGUCGCGUCGUGCUGGAAGACGGUACGGUUCUCGAGCCCGGGGAUACGAACUGGGAAGAGGUCGAGGUUGAAGUGGAGGAAUUAGAUCCGGUCACCGGGUUAAUCAUCAUGGUGAAACGGAAAGUACGGCGCAGGAAGGUACCCGUGGACGAAAAUGGAAACCCGAUCACCGGGCCGGGCUCCGGCCUUGCCGGCGACGGCACGAACGUGAUCAACGGGGACCCGGACGGGCGGUCGCAGGCGGUGGUUGAGCAAGAGGAGCGGUUCAUCCAAAAAUUCAACCUGUACUUGGCUGCCAAGGCGGCGGAGAUGGCCAAACAGCUGGCGGUAUCAAAUGCAAAUAUGUCUGGGUCUGGAAGAGUGUGAUGCUGUUUGUGCAUGACACAGAAGGUCUAGCAUGCAAGUCCUAGCAACGCAUGUUUUGACCAGGUUAGGCGAUGCCUAAUCCGCAUGACAAGUUCCCUCUUUUGGUGACAAGAAAUGAGCAGCUUUUGCGGUCCAUGCAUGACAGAUUUUUUUCUGGUCUCAAAUGCGCAUCAGAAGUUUACAUGUUUCCAGACCCAGACCUAUUUGCAAUGCAUAGGCGGAAAAGGUGGACAGCAAGGAGGAGCGACGCAAGCAGGAAGAGGAGGAACUGCAGCGCAGGGAAGAACGCGUGAACGAAAUCCUACAGCAGCUGCGCGCGGAGCGGCGGGCCAAGCCGAAGGCGCUGCGGGCGCUGCGGACGCACACCCGGGAGCGGCUUUUGGCGGUCGGCGGGAAGGAGGAGAACCUAUGGAUUGCAAAUAUGUCUGGGUCUGGGAGAUUGCGAGAUUUUUCAUGCUAGUCUGGCAUGACUCUGAACUCUGUAUUGCAUGCCCCCGAAGAGCUCUUCUUGUCUGUCAUGCAAAAACGCAGUUUGUCAUGCGGAUUACGCAACUCUGAACCACGGAAAAACUUGUCAUGCUGGGCAGCGUAUUACACGGCGCUCACUCUUCCCUUUCUUGCGUCACAAGUUUCCACACUCAGACAUUUUUGCACUUGAUAGAACCUGCAGGAGUACCAACGCUAUGUCCAGGGGAUGAAGGACGCGUUCGGACCGAAGGCGCACGAGGACACCGACAGCGACAUCGAGGGCGACCACAGCGUCGACGCGGAGGAGGCCGAGGAGGAAAGGAAAAAGCGUGAGGACAUGAAACAACUCGUCAAAGUGCUGUGGCGGAAGAUCCGGUGGCUGGUGGUGGGGAUGGCAAGGCUACAAUCGCUCGUCCAAGCUUCCCACAAAGCGGAAGAAGCCGGUCGGGGGGACGAUGACAGCGAUCCGGAGCACAUGUCCGCCGAGUAUGACAGUGCACAACUCCCCCUCCCCCUCAUUUGUAUAGCAUGAAGAGCAAUACAAACACGACCACAAGUGGAGCCUAUGCAUGACAAGUUUAUGUGCCUAACUUAGUACUUUUUGGGCUUCCGGAAUUUGUCAUGCAAGCAGUGCCAUUUAAAUGCGACUGGGUUGGGUAUUUUGCAUCACAAAUGAGGGGGAGGGGGAGUUGUGCACUGUCAUACCGAGCGCGCGGCGGACAAGAAGCUGCGGGACAAGCAACUAGAGGACCAGGUUCGGCGGGAACGGCGCCGGGAGCGUCGGCGCGCAAGACGCGCGCUGGAGCUGGGCCUGAUCCAGGGCGAACCGCUGCCGGAGAGCGAGGAGGAGGACGCGGUCGGGGAUUUGGAUUACAGUUCCGGCGAGGAAAAGGAUAAGGAAUGGUCCGCGGAAACGGACACGGUCCUCGCUGGGCAAGCGGUUUUGUUUGAAGACUAUGCAAGAAAAAAACUGUGUAAGCGUAAAUCUGUGAUGCAGAAAAUGCAAAACAGUUACACUUGUCAUGCUCGACAUGCAUGAUCGGCGCGCUUCCUAUGUGUUUUCCCUUCCUAUCUGCGCAUAACAAGUUUUUCCUGUCAUGGCAGACAAACUUGUGAUGCUGUUUUCCCAAGAGACUUACACUAACACAGUUUUUUUCUUGGAUAAAGACCGGAUGAAGUUCAAUCGGUACGACCAGCACGCCACCGUGGCGAUUGCGAAGGGCAAGGGGGAAGACGCGUCGGCGGUGAUCGCGGGGCAAAUGUUCCCGACGUUGCACUCCGCCGAGCAGGACAGACAUCGGAAGGAGUUCAUCUUCGACGGGGCUUUGCAAUCCGGGAAACAACUGCAGCGGAAGCGCACCGACAUGCGGAAUUUUGAGAAAGGGUUGGAGAAACUCGACCAGAAUUUGCCGAAAUUGAUUCCCGAGGGGCACUAUCAAAUGUAAAAAUGUCUGGGUCUGGAAGAUUGCGAGACUUGUCAUGCAGCUUUUCUAUGACCCAUGAGGUCUGUAAUGCAGGACCCAGCAUGACAGAUUCUGUGCGAUCUCUCUCAUGCGUAUCCUGCAUGAGAAACUCCCUCCCGACUUGGUCAAAACUGGACGACUUUUGGCGAUCAUGCAACACAGAUUUUUCCAUGCUUCAGAUUUAGCAUGCCAAGUUGCAAUCUUCCAGACCCAGACAUUUUUACAUUUGAUAGGCACGAAGAAGACGCGGUGCCAAAGGGGAUGAUGCGCUGGAAGGGGAAAUUGAUUUCAGUAACGAGUAAAAAGUGCCUCGUGCUCGGACUCGCGGACAAGAAGCAGUUUCAGGUGGGGGAAAUAGUCCACCACACGAAUAUUUUAGAAAAAUCCAACCCGCGGCAUCUACCGCUGUUGCGGGAGAAGAUAGACUAUCCUGUGCAAAAGUAUCGUACUCGUAGUAAUUGCAAACAUGCAUUACAAAUCUUGUUCUCAAGCUAAAUCCGCAUUACAAUCCUUAUUUCUCAUGCUGAAGGAAUUUGUAAUGCAAUUAUACGAAUACGAUACUUUUGCAAUGCAUACAGACUUGACGCGGAAAAAGCCGUUUUUCCCGUUGGUCGGGCCCCCGAAGCCAUUAUUGGACACUUUAGGGAUGCCGAAACAGGAAUUUUGGUCGAAGAAAUUCAAGGAAUACGAAUCCGAACUGUUAAGAGAAGUCGCGGAGAUCCGCAAAGCCGUGGAGAAGGAGCGCGUCCCGCUGAUUCUGCGGCGCGAGCGCGGGCGCCAGCUGCGCGACCGGGUCCGGACACGGCUGAAGUUCAUGAAGCAGAUGAGCAAGCUGAUGGGCACGAGUUUGCAAGAUCAGUACAACAAGAAAGCGGGCAUUGCCCCGACCGAAGAAGCCGAUGGUGCACCAGCGUCUGGCGGCGGGGGUCUCUUCGGCGCCGGGGGGUUAAAAGGGUUACUCGCGAUGGCGAAGGCGUCCGGGCUGACCCAAACGAACCUCGGGGAGGACGGAAAAGAACCCAUCGCCACGGUGGACCCCAACGCGAGCGAAAGCCGGAUCGGCGGUAUGAAGAACUUGAUUGCCGCGAUGAAGGCCCAGAUCAAGAAGGAAGCGCAGGAAGAGGCGACGGAGACGGGGGUGGUGGAAAUAUCCUGUGUAAAAACGUCCCCACCCCAGAGUUGUCAUGCAGAUAUGCCAUGACAGGAACAUUUGUGAUGCGCAACCCCAUGACAGGCGUUUUCAGUCGUGUUUGGGAACUUGUAAUGCUGUAAACAGGAUCAGAAGGUCGAUUUGUGAUGCGGCUUUCCUUGCUAACUUGCACUACCUUACGGACUGAAGCUUGUCAUGCGUGACUCCUAAAACUCCUAGGUUUGUGUUGCAAAAUCCCCAUCGUGACUCUGGUGUGGGUACGUUUUUACUCAGGAUAGGAAAAUCCAGCGGAUUUUGAAAUCUCCAGCCCGACGGACACGUAUGGAUUGCAAACAUGUCUGGGUCUCGAACUUGUAAUGCUAAAAGUGAAUGGUAGACGCACUGCAAUACGCAGCUACGCAUGACAAAUUUUUUGGGUCCUGUGUUUUACGUAUUCCGCGUGACAAACUGCGUUUUUGCGUGACAGGUAAGAGGGCCUUUUCGUGCCUAUGCAACACAGAUUCUCGAGUCAUGCCAGACAAGCAUGACAAACUUGCAUUCUUCCAGACCCAGACAUAUUUGCACUGGAUAACACGGCCAGCCCGACAAAUUCCCCCGUCAACCGCGACUCCCAGGAGGGGUCUAGUGCGAGCUUGUUUCCGGAUUCGCCAAUCGGCGAAGGGGCCUCGCUGGUGGCGCCAACAGGAGUUCUUGAUGUUGUGCAGGGAGGUGGGGAUACUGCCAGCCCAAGUGCGGACAAUAGUUCGCAACAGCAAUUACCGGUCGACCCGCGCGCAACCGAGCAGUUUCCGGAAGAUGUCGAGCAAAUGGCAAUCGAUAAGCGUGGCACCGAGCAAUUCCCCGAAGGAGCUGUAGAUGCUGCUAGUGUCAAAACCGAGGACGCGUCAAACUCGGCUGGCCGAACCACGAAAGAGCAAUUUCUCGCCACCACUGCUGGAACGACAAAUGGGUUUGGAGGUCCAACUACCAGUUCCGACGGCGUUAUGAACACGACGCUGCAGACCACGGGAGGUAAUAUGGACGGCACGGUAAGAACUGAUGGGUCUGGUGGCAGUUUUGCGAAACGAGGGGUCUCUUUUGAACCGAAAGAUGCUGCAGGAGCUGCAGGAGAGCAGCAAAAUCAAAAUGCAAAUGGCGGAUCUCCAGACUCGCAGCAGCAAACAGGAACAGUAGUAGAUCCAAACACCACCGUCGCAGAUCUGCCGAUAAUACAACAAGAACUUGCAGAUGCAGUAUCCGGCGGUGCAGCGCCGGACGACCAAGGACCUCCCGCACCUCCUCCUAGUACAACUAAGCAACUGCCCGCGGUGCUGAAGCACCGGUCUGUUUCGGACAGUGACACCAGCGAGAUCGGGGCGAAGGACGAGGAGUUGGCAAGGACAUUGCUGGAGGAGGAACAACAACUCCUUGUUCUAGAACAGGGUGGCAAAGUGGACAACGAGAUGCUGAAGACCUAUGUUUAUACCGACAAUGUUGAGGGCACGACUUUAUCCAAAACCGAUUCCACCUACGCCAAACUCGCUGCCAGCUCCGCCCAGGGCCUCGAGAGCUUGCAAAGCGAAAAGAUGCUGGAAAACUUGAACACGAAGCUGGAUCAACAGGGUUUAGUCCUUCCCGACACGACCGACUUCGACCCGACCAGGGACCAACUCCCCGCGACGGCCGUGGAUUUCAUUCCACAAGAGGUCAGCGAAGACACCGUAGCGGACUUGGAGCCGGAGGAGAUGCAACAGGUGGCGGCGGAGCCACGGCGGGAUUUGCGGUCGCUGAUGAUCAAGAAGUUCCGCCAGGUAAAAUUGCUCCAGUUGGGGAAGUCCCGGGUCUUCGGUUCGACAGAGAAGGAAUUACUUGGCGAAGAAACCGAAUUCUACCUGGCGCCGGAAAAGAAGCGCCGGAUCGAAAAGCUCCGCGACCUGCACCGGCACUUGCUCGCACCGAGUGAACUGGAGCGCGUGAUGGAAAGCUACGACACGCCCUGCAAAUGGGACAAAUUAUCCGACCGGUGUUUACUGAAAGACGUCGGCUGCACGGCGAUCGUCGUGAUCAGGAAAAAGGAGUUGUUUUUGGACUGGGACGCAGAACUCGACGGUCACGUGGACCGUGUCAUCGCCGACGCGAAGCAGCGGGAGAAAGACGCAAAGAAGAAAAAGCCGGUCGGGAAAGGCGGGAAAAUUUCGGCCAGCGGCAAGUCAAAGUCGCCGCCCAAGUCGAAAUCUCCGAAACCAGACCGGGGGGAGAAAAAGGCGAAGGCGAAAGGGAUUCUGAAUCUCGGCGAUUUUUACGAAGAGGAAGACGAGGAAAAAGGGCCGGAGUAUACGCCAAGGGGACAGCGAAUUCUGCCGCAAAAUCCGGCGCUCUUGUCCCCCAGACCGCUGUCCCACCAAGUCCUGCAUCCGUCGCUGCUGUGCGACCGCGCGAUCCGCGGUGGUUACGGGUCAAACGUUACCAUCACUGCCGGCGCGGAUAAGAGUCCCUGGGUCAGCUACCAGUGGUUCAACCCGGACAAAUUGCGACGGAAAGAGGACAAGAAAAAGAAGGACAAAUCCAAGUCGCCCAAGGGAAAGGACGAAAAGAAGAAGAAGAAAAAGUAGGGGUGCGAAUGUUGCUCCUAGUUAAUCACCAAGUUUUUUUCUAGUUUUAUUGUGUACCCCAUUUUUUGGCGUGCCGAGGUAAAGGUAUCGCACACUACAAGACUAAGUUACUAGUAAGAAGUCACUUUAGUCAUUUUGAUUUUGCAAAAAAGUUUUCACACCGUUUCAAAUUUUAAGUCAAUUUCACAUGCGUAAACCAAAAACGUCCAUCGAAGUAAGUUUUUUCAUAUCAGUAUCACUUACACUAAAGUACGAAUUAAUACAAUCAGAAUCAGCAGCUGCUGAGGAAAGGCCUAGAAAUGUCCAUAAAAAUUGCUUGGAAUUUUGACAAGACUGAGGAUGCCCUCCUCCUGUAACAGAAUGUUUGUCAACUCCAUUUUCUGUACAAUGAUGUCUUAGUACCUUUAUUUUUGUUUUCAAAAAAAAAAUCCUGUAAC